AUGAGUGAACCAGCUGAAGAGUUAAGAGUUCAUAAGAUACGUGGCACUCAUGCAGAUGGAGGCAUCGAGCUUGCAAUAUCGUCUGCACAUUCUCAGAGUCCUACAGAUUCGAGUGGAAGAAAGAAGUUUGCUUUAGGCUUGAGGAAAAUAAGUGAUAGGCUAAGGAGGAAAGUUUCCUCCUCGCAGUUGUCGUCUCCCAUUACUGUUGAUGAUAACGAUGAUAAGCACCGAUUAUCAUCAUCAUCAAGGUCAAAUUAUCCUUACGGAAUGAAGGAAAAGGUCAGUCCAUUAAUUAUUGGCUCAUCAAACGUGGUUCCUUCCUUAUGGUCAGAUUCUAAUGCUCCUGUCUUAUCCAGCAAUGUAACCAUGCUUGGAUUGGGUCUAGCCGGCCGUGGGCUUCACAAAGAAAACAAUCUAGAGUCUUUGGAUCCCCAUACCUUCAAUCGCAAUUUGACGCCUCCUGGGUCACUGGAAUCUUUGGAACAAAUGCCGAGACCAAUUACUAACAAGGCCAGUCUCCCUAGUCCUGCCGCCGGAAUGUUUAAUUUUCAGGCCAAGAGUCACACGCCAGUAUACUUUAUAAAGAAGAUUAUGAAUAACCACAUGACUAUAAGAAAUUAUAGAUCUCUCGAGAAGAUACUCAGAAAUUCCAAAGAUAACAAGGAAUGGAUUCGGCAGUUUGUGGAUAUCCAGGGGCAUAUGGCACUGGCUGUAGUUUUGCUGCAGAUCAGCCAGCGGACUAUCAAGUCAAAUGAUCAGCUUGAUAAAGAAUUUACAAUAUUGGCAGCAAUACGGAAUAUAAUGAACUUUCAGGAGAAGGAAGAUGGUCGUAUUCAUCUGUCAGAAGUUAAUAAAUAUGUGGUACCCAGUUUGAUGUCUCCCAGAAUUAUCACAAGAAAUACUGCUACUGGAAUGCUUGCCUUAUCUGUGGCAUAUGAGAAGAAGCAGGCCACGGAAAGCAUAAUUAAGGGAUUAUUAAGCGCUACAGAGAGUUUGGAGAUGGAUUCUACCAGUGAUCUAUACAGUAGUACUUCCUCUGUACAACAGGAGAAUCCAUUUAAGGAUUGGAUGUCAUCAGCGGAGGAACUCGUUGCGGAUUUCGAAUCUGAAAAUCCUCAUUUGGUCUUCUCUGACCAGGAUUUCGUUAAGGGAAGACUCACUCCGCAAUCCAUUAUUAAGGAAUAUGCCCUUCUCACCAUUUUUUUACUCUCAUCCUUGGUUUCUACCUAUUCAGAUGCUCUCCUGCGUGUCACUGUUCGGCAAAAACUUGAAGAUGCUGGAUUAAUACGCCUCUUUGACUUUGCAAAAUCUUUGCGCUCCGAAGCAAUCAAUGAUUUAGUUGGAAACUACCUUUCAUACAGGAAUUAUGAUAUUGAUGAUACAAGUUCUUUCAAGGAAAAACCGGAAGAGGAAGUGACUGAGAAUGAAGAUAGAAACCGAAAAGAUGAUGAUUUAGGUAACCACGAUUCAUUGGAAAAAUUGGGUUUAAAUGACGAGGAUUUAGAAGUCAGUUAUCCUAGCUCGAAUGAUCCUUUGGUAGCACCUUUCAUUACCAGCAUGUUAAAAAACCUUGCAUAUCUCACACAUCUCACUGACAAAAAAGAGCGUUUGAAGUACUUUAGAGUGAUUGAUAACCUUGUGGAAAAUGUCGUUCAUAUUAACAAUAUUAGCGAUCAGAAUAUUCUUUUCUCAACGCAACUUCUUUUGGAUAGACUAAAUACCGAUGACACGGCUCGUAUGGCUGUAUCAGAGGCUCGUGAAUCUGCGCGGCUUCUUAGAGAGUAUGGACAGCGAAUUCAUCAGCUUGAAGAUGAACUAAAAUCUGCCUCAAGCUUAUCUGGAACUUCGAAGUUUGACCAUUCAAAUGAUACUUCAUCUCUCAACAAAAUAUCGGAGGGAGUUGAACAAAGGAGACUUUCAUCCGCUGCUACAACCGGUAGUAGAAGUAACCCUGAAUUACAGAAUGGAUAUCAUAGGAUUUCACAAACCGGUGAUGAUCCUAUGAUAUCCAACAAUUUCUCUGCCUCCAAAUUCUUUGAGCCUUACGAUCACUAUCAAAUGAAUAUUCUUGAUAAUUCUCCAAAGUCGGAUUCAUCGAGCGAUAUGAAAGUGGAAGAUUCAAUCAAUAAUCUGUGUUCAAAAGAAGCUGCUUAUCGUACUGCUAGAAGUUUCGUUUCUGUGGCUUCUACGACUCCUCAAGCUCCACCAUUGCCGGCCUUUCUCAAACAGACAAACAAGGAGACAGCAAUACCUUCUGUUUCAUCUAGUUCCGUACCAAGUCCACCGGUGCCACCACCACCACCCUCGUUUUUGACUUCCAUGUCUAAGAAAAUUGAUAAUUCCCCGCUUCCCCCACCACUACCCGAGUUCCUUUCUAAAUCUCAAGGACGAUCACAACCCACUCUUUUGACACCUCCUUUGGCACCACCACUUCCUCCUCAUAAUGCCAAAAAGGCUAAAUUGGUUUCACAGGUUUCUACUUUGAGUGACGAGAUAGAGAAUGUUACAUCCCAGAAGGUUAGUAAGGUAUUAGCUAUGAGACGUCCAACCUCGAAGAUGAAGCAUCUCCACUUGGAUAAAGUUCAGGACAUAUCCCCUACCUUUUGGUCGAAAGCCGAUGACGAAAAGAUCAUAUCGUUAUUGGACAAGACAGGUGUGUUGUCUGACGUGGAAGCAACAUUUAAGGCUCUUGACACGCCCAUAAGGGUCUAUCGAGCAAAGGUUAAGGAUGACUCUUCCACCAAGAUGUCAUUUCUUCCGAGGGAGCUUCAGCAGCAAUUUGGAAUUAAUCUACAUCAGUAUUCAAAUCUUUCGGAGAUUCGAUUUGUGUCGAAAGUUCUGUCUUGUGAUAAGUCUUUGUUAGAUAAUACUACUGUCAUUGAAUUCUUCAACUGGGAUGGAUUGAUGAAUAUUGGGUCUUCAAUUAUGAAUAAGUUUGUUCCGUAUUCCACAAAUGUUCGAAUGAAGGAGUUGAAGCCGAAAAGUGAUCCAAAUGAUCUUGAUCGAUUCGAUCGUAUAUACCUUGAGCUCUGCAUUAAUUUAAAGAAUUACUGGCCUGCUCGUUCGAAGGCAUUGCUAUUAUCUUCGACUUAUGAAAGAGAUUAUCAUGACAUGUUGAAAAAGUUGAAUCUGAUUGACCGUGCCGUUAGCAGCAUCAAAAACUCGGAGUCACUUCUUCAGGUUUUCAAUAUCAUCAAGAACAUUGCCAACUAUAUGAAUGAUUCCUCGAAAUUAGUGCUUGGAUUCAAGAUAUCUAGCCUUCAAAGACUUAGAUUCAUGAAGAAUUCGAAGAAUACCAUAUCCUUGUUGCAUUAUAUUGAAAAGAUUAUCCGCGUACAUUUUCCGGAUUUGACGGUAUUCGUUGAUGAAUUGAAGGAAUUGCAGAAGGUAUCUGGUGUGUCUCUUUCAACCUUAGAGGCUGAAGUCUCAGAAUAUAAGUCUACUGUUUCCAAUUGUGAUCAGUCAUUCACUACUGGAUCUCUCAGUGAUAAAUCCAAGCUUCAUUCCCAGGAUAGGAUCCUUGAGUAUAUGAAACCGAUAUUAUCAAAGGCUAAAAGAAAUGCGGAGUUAUUGAAAUCUCAUUCAGAAAGCACGGUGAAGGACUUUGACGCUUUAAUGAUGUACUUUGGUGAGAAUCCUUCGGACAAAGCCAACAAGGAAUCUUUCUUUGGUAUAUUUUCUUCUUUUACAGAGAGCUAUAAAAAGGUACAUAUUGAAAAUGUGAGAGCUGAAGAGGAGGCAAAAGCAUUUGAGGUAAGAAAGAAAAUGAUGGAAGACUUUAAGAAUAAGCGCGCUAAAGAUAAAGAGGAAACACAUGGCUCUAGCGAAAGCGCUACUGAAGCUAUUCAAGGCCUUCUAUCUCAAUUGAAGUCUAACCAUCCGUUAACUAGAAAGUAUUCGCAGUAUCGUGAUAAGAAGGUUCUGUAUCAUGAUACGGAUACGCUUACCAGUAAAGCUCAAAUGAUGCUCAAGGAUUUAGAGAAGAAUCAGGUGGCUGAAGAUGUUGCAACCAUAAAUGAUAUUUCAAAAGGAGACAUGGAAUCUGUAAGUGCGUUUGAUCCUUAUCUGAAUUCGGACGAAAAUGGAAUGAAGUCAGAGUCCUCUAUUGAUUGCUCUAGUGUGAAAUCAGCAGGAAGGCUUUCAAUUAUCACUAUGCUUAUCAACGGUCCAGCGGGUGAUGAAUUUGAUGCUUUAUCUGGAGAGGAGGACGAAAUAGAAAAAGCUAAUCAAAGUAUCGACGAUGUGAUUCAAAAUGAAGAGGAGACGAACAAGAAGGAGGAGGGAAAUCUGUUACCACUCAAAAGAAAUCAUAAUACGCUUUCUGAACCUACUAAGCCUAUUCAAGUUCAAUCAGAAGGCUCAUCGGAUUCUUUAGAUAUAGCCAUUAACCAAGUGAUAAGCCGAUUGGAAAAGUCCUAA